UAGAGGAAGGAGAGGCCCGAACUCCCGGGGCUGGGAGGAGGAGGGGGCCGGAGGCCGGGAUCCCCGAGGGCAGGGGGCCAGGCCCGCCUCACGGUUGAGGCCGCGCGGGGCGGGGCCGCGGAAGGAUCCGGGCAGGCCGUGCUGCGCCACCCCCGGUAUAUCUGUCCCCGCUCCCCGGGGCCACCUCAUUCCCCAUCCUCAGACCACGAUCUCUCCUCCCGCUACCGCGACGCCGCCUCCGCCCGCGUAGCCCCGGCCAUGGCUCUGUAGCCGCGACCCCUCUGUGCCCCCGGCCAGUCUCCGCGCUCACCGCGCCUGCGCUCUCCGCUCCUGCCUUCUUUCUUCAGCCGAGGCCGCCGCCGCCUCUCCUUUGCGCAGCCAUGGAGUCCUCCGCUUUCACCUUGGUGCCUGUCUUCGUCCAGCUGAACAAGCUCCAGAGCCUACCCCCAGCUAUUGGUGCAGCCUUCUCCAUUGCCAUCCGUGCCCGGGGCCCGUGCUGCAGCCAUGUCACUUCUGGCGACCCUGGGGCUGGAGCUGGACAGGACCCUGCUCCCAGCUAGCGGGCUGGGCUGGCUCAUAGACUAUGGGAAACUCCCCCUGGCCCCUGCCCCCCUGGGCCCCUAUGAGGUCCUUGGGGGAGCCCUGGAGGGCGGGCUUCCAGGGGGAGGAGAGCCCCUGGCAGGUGACGGCUUCUCUGACUGGAUGACUGAGCGGGUCGACUUUACAGCCCUCCUCCCUCUGGAGCCCCCCUUGCCCUCAGGUGCCCUCCCCCCACCUUCCCCACCCCCACCUGACCUGGAAGCUAUGGCCUCCCUCCUCAAGAAGGAGCUGGAGCAGAUGGAAGACUUCUUCCUUGAUGCCCCACUCCUCCCACCAUCCUCCCCACCUCCACCGCAGCCGCCGCCACCACCACCACCACCACCACCACCACCGCCACCGGCACCAGCACCCUCCCUCCCUCUCCCCCUCCCCCUGCCCACCUUUGACCUCCCCCAGUCCCCUGCCCUGGACACCCUCGACUUGCUGGCCAUCUACUGCCGCAGUGAGGCCGGGCAGGGGGACUCGGGAUUGGCGCCCCUGCCCCCACCCCAGCAACCUCCUCCUGCUCCCCCUCAACCCUCCCGCCCCGCCCCCUACCCCAAUCCCAACGCCACCCGAGGGGACCGCAAGCAAAAGAAGAGAGACCAGAACAAGUCAGCAGCUCUGAGGUACCGCCAGAGGAAGCGUGCAGAGGGCGAGGCCCUGGAGGGCGAGUGCCAGGGUCUGGAGGCACGGAACCGGGAGCUGAGGGAGAGGGCUGAGUCGGUGGAGCGGGAGAUCCAGUACGUCAAGGAUCUGCUCAUCGAAGUGUACAAGGCUCGAAGCCAGAGAACCCGGAACAGCUAGCCGGGCAGGGCGCUUCGGGCUCUAGGGGGCGCUGGUCUUCAGCUCUGGCUCACUUCCGUUUCCGGGGCUGAGGUGGGAGGGUCACCAGCCAUUCCCUGGCCUCCAGCUUCCUUCCAAACCCUUCUCCUCCCUCCCUUCCCUCCCCCUCUUCCCUCCCCCUCUUCCUCCUCCUCCUCUCUCUCUCCCCUCCCUUUUAUCCUUGCCUCCUUUCCUCUCCAUUCUGAAUUUGCUCCACUACUCCCUCCCCAAAAUCAUGGAAUGCUUGGCCUUAGUCAACAUCUGUACCCUUCAACUAACAGCUGAGGAACAGAGGCCUACAGGGAAUCCAGGGGGCAGGGGAGAGCUUGGAAACCUGAUCUCUCAAGCAGGGAAGUGAGGCCAGUAAGCGCUGCAGAACAUCAAUGCAAAGGAGGACAGGGAAGCCAUCUGGAGACUAAGUCAGGGAGGGCUUUAAAGAAACGUGCCCAUAGAAUACAAGCAAAACAAGCCAAGUGACCUUGGGGAACUACAUUUGGGGGUGGAACCAAAAGGUGGCCAAGUUCACAGAGCAGGUGGAUAUGUGGGCAGAUGGGGAGGCAGGCAGGCAGGCCUGGGGGUGGGGAGUUGGCCGAAAUGGGUGACUGGGUGUUCAUUUUAGCUCUGGGAGGAAAUCAGUGUUUUGUGAAGGUGUUGGGGGGAGGGGCUGCAUCUAGGUGAGGGAGGGCAGGGACUGAACCUUUCUGGGGGGUUGUA